AUGCAGCAGCAGAUCCGUGCCAGCGGCCCAGCGGGAGGCAUCGCCUCGCACGCUCAGUACCGGUGUCGCCGUCCAGUUGUGUCGACCAGGGCUGCGGUGGCAGGCGGCAAGGUGUACAUUGAUCCAGUCAAGAAGGAGUGCACCGCGUUUGCUCCCGCGACGGUGGCAAACCUGGGACCUGGCUUCGACUGGCUUGGCUGCGCCGUGGAGGGCGAGGGGGACACCGUGACCGCCCGAGUGCUGCCAGACCAGCCUGGCAAGGUGGUGAUCGACAAGAUCGAGGGCGACAACGGCAGGCUGAGCCUCAAUGCAGCAGACAACUGCAUAGGUAUCGCUGCCAUAGAGACCCUCAAGCUCAUAGGGCAGCCCUCCUGUGGCGUUGCGCUGACGCUCCACAAGGGCCUGCCCCUCGGCAGUGGCAUGGGGUCCAGCGCGGCGAGCGCAGCGGCGGCGGCCUGGGCAGUCAACGGACUGUUCGGCAGCCCUGUGUCAAAGGACGAGCUGGUGCUGGCGGGGCUGGCCAGUGAGGCGGCUGUCAGUGGCUACCACGCCGACAACGUGGGGCCUUCGCUGCUGGGAGGGUUCGUGCUCGUCAGGAGCUGCGACCCCCUGGAGCUGGUGCGGCUGCCGUUUGGUGGGUCGGACCCGCUCUACUUUGUGCUGGUCAACCCGCUGUUCGAGGCGCCCACCAAGCAGAUGCGCGCUGUGCUGCCGCGGGACGUGCCCUUCAAGAGCAUGAUCCACAACAGCACCCAAGGCGGCGCGCUGGUGGCUGCCAUCCUGCAGGGAAAUGCGCGCUUGCUGGGCAGCGCCCUGGACAGCGAUUGCAUCGUAGAGCCGGUGCGUGCGCCGCUGAUUCCUGGCAUGAUCGCGGUCAAGGCCGCAGCCAAGGAGGCCGGUGCAUACGGCUGCACGAUCAGCGGUGCUGGCCCGACGGCUGUGGCAGUGGUGUCUGACGCAGGGGUGGGGGCACGCGUGGCAGAUGCGAUGGCGGCGGCAUUCAGGAGCGAAGGCAAGCUGGAGAUCAACAGCAAGGUGGUGGUGCGGCUGGAUCCUGAGGGCGCCAAAUUUGUGUAG